UUUAACCGUCAAAGUAAUUUCAAAACACACCAGCGCAUUCACACUGGAGAGAAACCGUAUCAGUGCACACAGUGUGGGAAGAGUUUUAAGAAACCGUGUCAUCUCAAACAACACCAGCGCAUUCACACUGGAGACAAACCGUAUCACUGUUUACAGUGUGGGAAGAGGUUUUAUACACAGAGUAAUCUUAAAGAACACCAGCACAUUCACACGGGAGAGAAACCGUAUCAGUGCUCUCAGUGUGGAAAAAGUUUUAAUACUCGGGGUUAUCUGAACUACCACAAGCGCAUUCACACUGGAGAGAAGCCGUAUCAGUGCUCACAGUGUGGAAAGAGUUAUAUUGAUCGGAGUCAUCUUAAAAAACACCAGCGCAUUCACACUGGAGAGAAACUGUAUCAGUGCUCACAAUGUGGAAAGAGUUUUAAUAAACACAUUCAUCUCAAAGAACACCAGCACAUUCACACUGGAAAGAAGCCGUAUCAGUGCUCACAGUGUGGGAAGAGUUUCAUAAGUGAGAAUUAUUGUAAAAUACACCAGCGCAUUCACACUGGAGAGAAACUGUAUCAGUGCUCACAGUGUGGGAAGAGUUUUACUAGUCAGAGUGCUCUCAAAACACACCAGUACAUUCACACUGGAGAGAAACCGUAUCAGUGCACACAGUGUGGGAAGAGUUUUAUUACACAAAGUAAUCUCAAAAUACAUCAGCGCAUUCACACUGGAGAGAAACCGUAUCAGUGCUCACAGUGUGGGAAGAGCUUUAACGACCAAUGUAUUCUCAAAAUACACCAGCGCAUUCACACUGGAGAGAAACCGUAUCAGUGCUCACAGUGUGGGAAGUGUUUUAAUUAUCAGUGUAAUCUCAAAGAACACCAGCGCAUUCACACUGGAGAGAAACCGUAUCAGUGCUCACUGUGUGGAAAGAGUUUUAUUACACGGAGUAAUCUCAAAAUACACCAGCGCACUCACACUGGAGAGAAACCGUAUCACUGCUCUCAGUGUGGAAAGAGUUUUAUUACACAGAGUAAUCUUAAAAAACACCAGCGCAUUCACACCGGAGAGAAACCGUAUCAGUGUUUACAGUGUGGAAACAGUUUUAUUACACAAAGUGAUCUCAAAACCCACCAGCGCAUUCACACUGGAGAGAAACCGUAUCAGUGCCCCGAGUGUGGAAGGAGUUUUAGUAAACAGAGUAAUUUCAAAAUACACCAGCGCAUUCAUACUGGAGAGAAACCGUAUCCGUGUUUACUGUGUGGAAAGAGUUUUAAUCGACCGAGUCAUUUAAAAAAACACCAGCACACUCACACUGGAGAGUACCAGCUACUGGAGGUGUCGGAGGGGGCGUGUGUAGCAGUAGAGGUGAAUUAUGAUCAGGUAAUUGGAUACGACUAGAUUGGGAUUGGACUGAUGCUCUAUCCAGGGUGAGUGAGUGAGGGUCUCUGGGUUUGAGUGAGUGAGUGAGUGAGGGUCUCUGGGUUUGAGUGAGUGAGUGAGUGAGGGUCUCUGGGUUUGGGUGAGUGAGUGAGUGAGUGAGGGUCUCUGGGUUUGGGUGAGUGAGUGAGUGAGUGAGGGUCUCUGGGUUUGGGUGAGUGAGUGAGUGAGUGAGGGUCUCUGGGUUUGGGUGAGUGAGUGAGUGAGGGUCUCUGGGUUUGGGUGAGUGAGUGAGUGAGGGUCUCUGGGUUUGAGUGAGUGAGUGAGUGAGGGUCUCUGGGUUUGGGUGAGUGAGUGAGGGUCUCUGGGUUUGGGUGAGUGAGGGUCUCUGGGUUUGGGUGAGUGAGUGAGUGAGGGUCUCUGGGUUUGAGUGAGUGAGUGAGUGAGGGUCUCUGGGUUUGGGUGAGUGAGGGUCUCUGGGUUUGGGUGAGUGAGUGAGUGAGGGUCUCUGGGUUUGGGUGAGUGAGUGAGUGAGGGUCUCUGGGUUUGAGUGAGUGAGUGAGUGAGGGUCUCUGGGGUUGAGUGAGUGAGUGAGUGAGGGUCUCUGGGUUUGGGUGAGUGAGUGAGUGAGGGUCUCUGGGUUUGGGUAAGUGAGUGAGUGAGGGUCUCUGGGUUUGGGUGAGUGAGUGAGUGAGGGUCUCUGGGUUUGGGUGAGUGAGGGUCUCUGGGUUUGGGUGAGUGAGUGAGUGAGGGUCUCUGGGUUUGAGUGAGUGAGUGAGUGAGGGUCUCUGGGUUUGGGUGAGUGAGUGAGUGAGGGUCUCUGGGUUUGAGUGAGUGAGUGAGUGAGGGUCUCUGGGUUUGGGUGAGUGAGGGUCUCUGGGUUUGGGUGAGUGAGUGAGUGAGGGUCUCU